UGCACUUGUCAUCGAUGCCAACAACCGAAGAACCACCUCAGUGCAGUUCAGUUCAGAAGUUUUUCCUGCCCAAGAAAACCGAAUCCGGGUUCGUUCCGCCGUUCUUGGCGUCGGGUGUCGUCCUGCGGUUUCUGUCGCUAUGCAGCCAAAGAAUCUUCUUCCUCUGUAAGCUGGCAUGUCAGCUAGUUAGUUGCGUAAAUUUAGUGGCAUUUAACUCGUAAGAAACAGAAAUGGCAACUCCGGGCGUGCUGCUGCGGCAGAAUCUGCCGGCACGGGCCGUUCUGCUGCUGGUGCACUUCCUGUACAGUUUGGUCGAGCGGUUGCUGCAGUUCUUCCAGCGUUUCCAGAAAAGAUCGCGGACAGAAUCGAUCCGCCAGAAGGACGACGACAGCUGCUGGGAGAACCGGUUAGGGCGCGAGUCGGCCUCCGUCGAGUACGGCGUUCGCGGACUGACCAAAGUCCCGGCGCACCUGGUGGUGAUGCUGGGGCCGGAGGAGCCCGACUAUCGGCAGCUGGCGUGCUUCAUCUGCUGGGGGCUGGCCGCCGGAGUGGGCCAUGUGAGCUUCUACGACCAUCGGGGCACCCUCAAGCGCAACCACGCCCGCGUCCUGGAGCACAUGGUGCGACUUCCGCGCGCCGACAGCGACCAGAUCGUGUGGACUGCGCAGCUCAAACCGGGCCUGCCCAUCCCGCCACGGAACGGCUACCGGCGCCGGCUGGUGGUCAGUUUCUUCAGUCCGCACGAGGACGGCCGCGGCCAGUUGGUG